AUGCCAGCUUCAUCCUUGACGAAGCUCGCACUCCAUCUAUCGAGGUACGCCCACUGGCACGCUCAGAAUGCCGCCAACAGCGUACACCAGGGAGUGAAUGCCUUCAAAGGAGGGGUGGGAGGCACCACUGGUAAUUCGGCAUUCAGUACAGCCUCCUCCUCUCUGAGCAGUGCAGGUGCAGGACCUGGCUCGGGCGCAGGUGGAGCCAAGUUUCACGCCGGACGUGGCGCUCAUUUCACAUAUACCAAUACCGGUGGACGUGCUGUCGUUCAGGCGGGCUCGACCGCUAACGAUAGCUCCAACACUUUCGAUGAGGAAGAGGAGCAUCACAGGCUCCACUCGCCGCACACUCACAGUACGAAUGGCUUGAGGAGACGUAACUCUGCCGCUUCCUCGUCAGCGCCAAAGGGCCUUCUUCUCUCGCCUUCAGAGAAGCAAGCAGCCGCUGCAGGAAAGAAGCCUGCCCCCGGAUCCCUCAGUCACGCUGUCCUACAAGCCAGGUUUAGAGAUGCCUUCCGAGCUGCCGAGCCGAGAGACCAGGUCACAUCUUCUACUGCGCAGGAUCCUGCCUCCUUGCUUGCCAGCGAUCAGUCGGCUGAGCUGCACAGAGAUCUGGUAGAUGCGAAGAACCGCCGCGAUAGAGUUGCAAUUCUCGCCCUAGUAGAUGCAUAUCGAAAACUUCCCUCCUCUCAACAGACGACUGCUGGCUUCAAUGCCGCCCUGUCCGCCCAGGUCUCUGUACGCGAAGCAGGAGAAAGCCUGCGGGAGGUGAGGGAAACGCACAAGGAUAUGCUCGACGCUGGCUGUUUCCCUAAUAGUUCCACGUCUGCAAUCCUCGUCAAGGCGCUAUGCGCCAGAGACCAGGAGAAGCACAGCGAUGAGCAUACCCCUCAAGUCACGACAGAAGAGCAAGCUUCGACCGAAGCUUGGAGGAUUCUCACAACGACACCUGCAGGAUUGCAAGACGUCGCUGCCUACAACGCUCUGCUCUCACGCUGUGCGGCCAAGGGCGAUACGGAGAGGGCGGCUGCAAUCUACGAGAUGAUGAAAGCGUCUGCACCUGCCGUCUUGGCCGAUGCGUCGACAUACACUCAUCUCGUCUCCUGCUUUGCUGCAUCUGCCGAGACUCUGCAGACUACCACCAGCGACUCGCAUCUCUUGCCAGUGAAGCAAAUCCUCGACGAGAGCAUAGCCUCCAUGCGCUCUUCGCAGUGGAUCAACGACGCCGUUGCCGAGAUGGCGCUUUUCAGGAGCUUUGUCGAUCUCUUCUUCCGUCUGCAGGCUCCAGAAGAGGCAGUCAGCCUCUUUGAACGCAUGUUCAUGAACGAGGAUGGUCUGCCUAGUCCAAGCGCUGAGAUCACUGGAGGUCUUGUCUCGGGCUUUGCAGCAGUGGGCGACGUUGUGACCGCACAGGCCUGGAUCGAGAAGAUUGAAUCGCUCAAUGCAUCAUCGCAAAGCGGAAUGAUCUUGGCUGCGCCCGACUUUAGCCCUGUCAAGGGAGAUAUAGCAGCAGUUGGCAGUCCGAUCGUAGAGACAGCUCAGCCUAUCGUUGCUGAAACUGCCGCUGCAGUACCAGUAGAGAAUGCCCCUGUCUCUCCCUCACUGCAUGCCGCUUCGCCAGCUCCAUCGCUUCAAGAUUCCGCGAGUGUGACGCUACGAUCACCGUCGUCUAUCGCUUCUUCUGUUCCUGCUCCCGCUCUCGGCAAUCCUCAGCUUCACGUGAUCGACUGCGACCUUGGCGACCGCGUCAAAUCUCUCUUGAGACCUCGACGCAACAAUGGCGUCACAUCUGCCAAGGAAAGCAAGGCAGCCACUCUGGCAAACCUGGAAGCCGCAUAUCGCCUGUUGAAGAAGGAAAUCUCGUAUGGCAAUUACGCUCCCCCUGAAGUAUUUGCGCAAUUGCUCAAUGCCUUCGGACGAGAGGGGAAGCUGGGUCGGGUGCAAGAGCUACGAGAACAUGCGCAUGUCGCAGUCUCUGGCCUUGUCGGCGAUCCGACGUGGCAGGCAUCGGCAUGGACCGAAGUGGAAGACAAUGUGGUGGCUGCUCUAGCACAUGCUGGAGAUGCUGAGGGCGCUCACGCUGCUAGGCACGCUCUGCUAGCUGCCGGCUGUGCUCCCACCGCUAACUCCUACGCUGCCUUGAUCUCGUCUAUCAGAGAUUCCACCGAUGAGGCUAUGCUUGCCGAGCAGCUCUUCGAAGAAUCUCAGAGACUGCAGGUGGUACCUAAUAUCUACCUCGUCAACACGGUCAUCUCCCGCUUGGGCCGAGCUCGCAGGGCAGAACGAGCAUUGCAGCUUUAUCAUUCUUUGCCUCUUCUCGGUCUCAAGCCUACUUCUAUCACAUAUGGCGCAACUCUUAACUGCGCCGUCCGUGUUGGCGACAUUGCCACUGCUGAAGCCAUCUUCCGAGCUAUGGAGAGCGAUCCAUCGUUUGUUCCCCGUCCACCCGGAUACAACUCGAUGAUCCAGUUCUUCACAUAUACCCACCCAGACAGGAUGAAGGCACUCGAGUAUUGGAACAAGAUGCAGGAGCGCGGGGUUCGACCCAGUAGCCAUACCUACAAGCUGCUACUAGAUCAGUACGCCACAAUUCAGCCCGUCCAGCCUGAUGCCAUGAAUGAGCUCUUCGCACGGCUGCUGCGAGACCGCACGGUCGAUGUUGCUGGACCUCACUGGGCGUCUCUGAUCACUUGCUAUGGUCUGCAUCUCGGUGAUAUCCCUCGCUGCCAGCAGAUCUUCCGGUCGAUCAGCUUGAAGACAGGCAGCGCCCCAGACGCCGUGGCUUACGAGUCGCUCUUGCAGGUCUACGCACAUCACGGCAAGGUGGAUCUCAUCAACUCUCUCCUUGCCGAGAUGGUGCGAUGUAACGUGGCUCGCACUGCUUAUGUCGCAAACCAUGCCAUCGAGGGCUACGCCAAGCAUGGCGGUCUAGAGGGUCUCAUGAAGGCCAGGACUAUUUUCAUGGCCAUGUCCCAGCCUCCUGCCGGUGUGGCCUCCGUGGGCAACCACCCUCUUCCUCGUCACCAUGGCGCGGGCUCCGGGAAUGGUCAGCUCUACCACGACCGACGCUCGGGAGCAGCUCAGGGCGAGCGCGACCAGAUGGUCAAGAUCUCAGUGCAGGAACUCCUGGCACAGACGUCCAAGCACAGCCACUCCACUCAGCCCCUCUUCCUCACAAUGGAGCAAGAGAUGGAGUUGUUGACCCUUGCGUUCGAGCAGGUACACCCUGAGCCAUCCACGUAUGAGAGGAUGAUUGCACUAGAGAUCUCGAGCGGGUUCUACAGGAACGCAGCGACUGUUGUGGAACGUAUGGAGGAAAGGGCUUUCCCACCGGCUCUUGUGCUCAAGGCUCGGGCGCUGCUGAGGGAGUAG